CCCUGUUUGUCUGUAACUCGUUGUUCCCUUUAAGGAUUCACAUGAAAAUGAGCCACAAACAGCGACGUUACCGGUAACAGUGACGUUAAGGGCCGUAAUAGCUGUUUGUGUGCGCUCAUUGGCACGCGCUCUCUCCCUCUCACACACACACACACACACACAUCACUACCGUCGCCGCCGCACGCGCUCUCCGUCACAUCUGUGUGAGAGACGUGGUUGUCUUUAAAUAACGGAUUAUCUACAUUUUCCCUCGGCUGACCGGGAGCCGCCAUGGAAUGCCGUGUUCUGUCCAUACAGAGCCAUGUAGUCCGGGGAUACGUGGGCAACAAGAGCGCCUCUUUCCCGUUACAGGUUUUAGGGUUUGAGGUGGACUCCAUCAACUCGGUGCAAUUCUCCAACCACACAGGUUAUUCUCACUGGAAAGGCCAAGUGUUGACAGCAGAUGAGCUGCACGUUCUUUAUGAGGGAAUCAAACUGAACAACGUACACCAGUAUGACUAUGUAUUAACAGGGUAUACCAGAGACACGUCUUUUUUAGAGAUGGUGGUGGACAUUGUUCAGGAGCUAAAGAGAGCCAAUCCUAAUCUGGUUUAUGUAUGUGACCCCGUCCUUGGUGAUCAUGGAUCCAUGUAUGUUCCUCAGAAUCUUUAUCCGGUCUACAAGAAUAAGGUUGUUCCUGUUGCAGACAUCAUUACUCCUAACCAGUUUGAGGCUGAAUUAUUAACAGGAAAAAACAUCAGCUCUCAGAAGGAUGCUGUGGAGGUGAUGGACCUUCUACACGCUAUGGGCCCAGACACAGUCGUUAUUACUUCCUCUGAUCUUCCCCCCAGACUGGGAGACCGCUUCCUCGUCUCACUGGGUAGCCAGCGUCAUGUUCGUCCAGAUGGAACCAGGACGACACAGAGAGUUCGAAUAGAAGUCCCCAAAGUGGACGCUGUCUUCGUAGGAACUGGAGAUCUGUUUGCAGCCAUGCUGCUUGCAUGGACACAUCAUUACCCCAAUGAUCUAAAGACGGCCUGUGAAAAGACUUUUUCAGUGAUGCACCAUGUUAUCCAGAGGACCAUAUCUUAUGCUCAUGAGUUGGCAGGUCCCGGUCGGAGGCCCAGUCCGCCUCAGCUGGAACUGAGGAUGGUUCAAAGUAAAGCUGACAUAGAAGAUCCCGCUAUAGUAACGGAGGCCACCAUCAUAUCCUAACAUUGACAUUUCAUAAGACUCACAUUAAGUCCCCCACUCUCUUCACCCCAUCAACUUCUAAAAUACCGUAUCUCAAAUAAUAAAAGAAAAUGCCAUUAGCUUCAA